AUGUUAGUAACAUUAAUAGGGCUGUCAUCAAGUAUUUUAUGUAACAAUAAGAGUCAGUUUGACUCUAAUAUAAUUUUAAGUAUUACUUGUAGGCGGAGACUACACCCUUUUCUGCUUUCACUUUACCGAGUCUUCCAAGCGGUCGUUCAUGUCGCGCCUCUGACUACAAUCGCGCUUUCGGUUAUUAAACCUACAUUAAAUGCUUUUAAUCUUCUGCUAACGUAGCGUGAAAUGUUACUUUGGGCUAUAGGCGGAAGCCGUCUGGAUAUUUCCUUGUUUACAACCCUCCAACAAUAACGCCAUGAUCUCGUCCUCUCCAAUCAAAACCCCUGCGGCCCCUGGAUGGUUCGUUGUUGUCCUGGCGGCCUGUGCUGCCUCAGCUCCUACGAAAGAAAACAUCUAUGCAAAGUUUGGAGACGAGGUUACCCUCAAACCACCACCUGGCUCUGUGACUGAUGCAACCAAAACCAUCACCUGGAAAGUCGGGGAUGAUAUUGCCAUGGACCUGGAUGGAGGAAAACUCUUUUCCUAUCGUCAAUUUAAUGAGCGGGGCCACUUGAACAACCAGACUGGGGAAAUGACAAUCAAAAGCCUGAAUUACGAAGACACCCAAGUGUACACGAUAGAGAUUAACAACUUUAAAACUAACCACGAAAUUCACUUCUUUGUCCUCGAUCCAGUUCCUGUACCGACCAUUGUUUCGUCCUGCUCUCAAGACACAAGCACAUGUACCCUGACCUGUGAGGGAAACAUUGUCAAAGCAGAACCAGUGAAUAGCAUGUGGAUGUCUGGCAACUCUGGAGUGCUACACUACGGAAACAGAUAUAAUAUUACUAAGCAGGACAGUUUAGACUUCAAAGAGUUCACCUGUAAGAUGAUGAAUCCAGUCAGUCAGGAGAUCAGCAAACCCUUCCCCAACCCUCUCAAGUCUCCUGAAAGUGGCCCGAAGAUUUAUUCAGGACUCUUAGUCUUUUUAAUUCUGCUGGCUGUUGUGAUAAUUGUGGCCGUCUUCCACAGAAUAAAAACAGGAGAGUUCUUCUUCAACAAAACAUCCAUGCCAUGGGAGGGCGAUUUCUGGAGGAAUACCAAGGGGAAACCUCCAGAAAACAACGGCACCACCACUACUCCACUUCAAGAGCAACCAGAUGAGGAAGCCGCAAUAAUGGAUCAAACAACACCCAAGCAAAAUUAAGACCCGAAACUGUCAUCAUCGGCAAAAUCCUAGCUGAAACUGACAUCCAGACAAAGAGUUUCUCUAAAAGUGUUUUUUUAAAUGGGGUUUCUUUGAAUGUGUUGGACAUUUUCUGAGUGAGAUUAAAAGUUCCAAAAUACAAUAGUAAAGAUUGGGGCGAGAGAAGAGACCUCUGAUCUUCCUGAGGUUUGGUUCAAGACAAGGUGCCAAACAACUACUAAAACAAUUCCUGGAAGCCCACUAAAGUGAGCUUUCCUGUAACAGACUGUAUAUAUGACACCCACUGGUACCUUGAACUAAUCCGACCUGCGGUUCUGGAUGAUUUGCAAUCUGGUCUCUUGCACAUUUACCGGUGUCAGAGGAACUGAGCUAACAGAUAAGGGGGGGGGUAAAGGAAGGGCAUUGUGUGGUCUGAGCCGCCUGUUCAGCCAACAAUCAAAGCUCUGUACAGAACCGCCGGCUGAUCAGCAUCAACCACCGUGUUUGUUUAUGAAUAGGCUUUUUUUGGUGAAAAACUACUCUCCUCUUUUCAGUUUUUUCAGCUUUUUUUUGUUUCAGACCAUCAAACAAGUUCUAAUAUGAGACAAAGAUAACCGGAGAAAACACUAAACUGCAGUUUUCAAAUCAUAACUUUAUAUAUUAAGGGAAAGAAGCUGUCCAAACUAACCUGGCCUUGUCCAACUCUAAUAACGGCUUGAGACACCCUUGGCAGCAACGGCUGCGGUCAACCUUUUGGUAACUGGUAAUGUGUCACAUCACUGUGGAGGAGUUUUGGCCAACUCUGCUUUGCAGAAUUGUUUCAAUGCAGACACAUUUGAGGGUUUUCAAGCAUCAACAGUCUGUUCAAGGUCAGGCCAGAGCAUCUCAAAUGGAUUUAAGUUCAGACUUUGUGCCUUUUUGCGCUAGGGAGCAGAAUCGAUUGUCACGUCAGUUAAAGCAGGUCGUCCAGGUCUUGAAGCAGCAAAGCAGCCCCAGACCCUCACACUACCUCCACCACCUUCAAAAAUGCCACUUCUGUCUCAUCCGUGAACAGAAUAUUUUUCUAAAUGUCUUGGCAAUCAAGAUGUUUCUUUGGAGAAUGUAAAACAGGCCUUUUUGUGUUUUUUGGUUAGCAGUGGUUUUAGGUCUGACGUUAACUGAGGCAAGUGAGGUCCACAGUCCUUAAGAUGUUGUUUUACGGUUCCUGGAUGAGUUGUUGUGCUCCUGGUGUAAUCUGGACACUCCUGGGAAGGUUUAGGUCACCACUGUCCCAUGUUUUUCUCUAUUGCCAGAGCCUUGCACACCCAUAGAUUUCAAUUAAUCACACCAGAGCCAGGUUGGUUUGGAUAGCUUUUAUCUUAAUAAAUGAGAUUAUUAUUAAAUGCUAGAACAAAUAUCUUUUUUACAGACCUUUUGAGGCCUGUUGAGAUUCUAAACAAUUCAAAAUGUCUUUCUAGUCACUGUGUGAAUGUGUUGAACAUUGCUUUUGUAUGUUUUUCUUUUACUUGUUCAUGUCUAAAGUUUUUAUAUAAACUGACAUUAGGUCAACUUGAAAAGGAAGUUGUAUUUUUGUGAGACUUGUAUUGAAAGCAGCUCUUAAGGCAACAGCUCAUCCAUUUUUUUUAACGCAUGAGGCAUAUAGAGAUUAGCUUAGUAUUUAUUGAACAGAAUGGAGCUGGAUUCACUGUUUCUAUAUGAGCUGAAGUAUGUUAAAUACAGGCUACAACAACCCUGUCUUUUUGUUUUGCAACACUGUUUAACCACCAGAGAGCAGCAAAUGUUCGUCUGGUUUAAUUAGUCAAUGUCAUGUAAGACAGAAACAUACCAAGUCUAUAUAAUCAAAUAAUAAAGUGAAAGCGCUCCGUGA